ACAUUGCGCGUCCCGGACAGAAAAAACGUCGUAUUGCGUUUGCAGCAGCUUAUAAAUUUUUGUAUAGUCUUUUCCCACAAGUCUGUAGUAAAGGCAAGAAAACGAAGGAAUGUCGGGCGAGGAGGAAAGUUCCGCAAAGACGUCGGCUAGUGAACAAGCGACUUUAGUGGAUUCAGAAGAGAAACCGACGGAGGACGAUGUGAAUGUCAACGGAAACGCCAAAGAUAAAGGGGCAAACGUUAAUGAAGCAGGAGGAGGACCACCAGACAAAGAGGAAUCAAAUGAGAACAAUCCUACAACAGACGAGUCUGGAGAAAAGGACGUUGGCGAUCCCGUAAAGACCGAAGAAACUCAGGAGAAAGGUGUUCAACCGAAAGAAAGUGAUAACGUGUCGAAGGAUAAGCAAAACAACUCGAACGAAGACAAAAAGGCGCCAAAAAACGAGGACGAAAAGUCGCCAAAAAACGAAGAUGAAAAGUCGCAAAAAAAUGACGAAGAAGAAUACGGAUGCUGCUGUAUUUUAAUUUGAACCUUUUUCACACAUAGUCUAGAUAUUAUGGAUUUAAAAUAAAUUUUUUUUAUGGUCAGGGACGUACCGAGCAGGGUUGGUGUGAUGGUGAGGCGCCUAGCCCCCCCCCGUUUUUUUCAAACAUGGUUAUGGUGAUAAGUGGUCCACAUCGGUUUUUUUAACGUAACCAAUCGUUAAUUUUUAAAUUUAUGCCAGCAAGAACCAUUUCAUUCAUUUACUGCUUGUGAGGGAGAUGGGUCUUUCACCUUAACUGUAUUCAGUCUUUACAAACUUACAUACAAAGUAUUCCAAAAAUAGUCAAGUAGCUUUGCUGUUUCAAAUCAUCGACUUCAACGGUUGAAAUGAUUGAGAAACACCCUACGAAUCUGAAUGCACUUGGUACGCUUCUGAUUGGGGUCGACGAAAUUGACCGACUCACAGGGCCUGUGAAGUGACUCAAAAUACUUCAUGAAUCUUGACAUGACAUUUCUUAUAUUACCAUGAAUAGCGUAUGUACUACAGGUGUUUCGAAUAUCGAAAAUGCAUUAGGAGACUUGUAGCGUUUAGCAGUAAAUUAAAAACGCAACCACGACAAUAAAUCUUUCAGAGACGCAA